UUGUAUACUACUCAAGGUGAUGGUAGUGUUAGAUUACGUAUGACUGAUAAAGGAGCUGGUUCAGAAGCACCACAAACUGUUGUCUCAUUAUUACAAACUACUGCUGAACGAAUCCCUAAUAAUGCUGCUAUAUGUGUUAAAAGAAAUGAUACCUGGCUUAGAUGGACAUACAAACAAUAUUAUGAUGAUUCAUGUAGGGCUGCCAAAAGUUUCAUAAAGGCAGGGUUAGAACCAUAUCAUGGUGUAGGUAUUAUGGGUUUUAAUAGUCCAGAAUGGUUUCUAGCUGAUAUUGGUUGUAUAUUUGCUGGUGGCUUUGCUGUUGGAAUCUAUACAACAAACAAUGCCGAAGCUUGUCAGUUUAUAGCCGCUGACAGUAAAGCUCAAGUUAUAGUUGUAGAAAAUACAGCUUAUUUAAAGAAAAUUUUACAAGUGAAAGAUCAAUUACCAGAUUUAAAAGCUAUAGUUCAAUAUUCUGGUGAAAUAGAAACACCACAAGAUAAUCUAUACUCAUGGGAUGAUUUUAUGAAAUUAGGAGAUGAUUUACCUGAUUCUUCUCUUGAAGAAAGAUUUAAAAUUCUAGCACCAAAUAAAUGUUGUACUUUGAUUUAUACAUCAGGUACUACUGGUAAACCAAAAGGUGUCAUGUUGAGUCACGAUAAUGUAACAUGGACUCCAGUAAAUGCAGGACCUCUUGGUGGUUUAUUAUUUGGUGUUGAAAGAUUAGUCAGUUAUUUACCAUUAAGUCAUGUUGCUGCUCAACAUCUUGAUAUAUAUUUACCUAUUUAUUUUGGUGCUACUGUAUUUUUUGCUCAGCCAGAUGCCUUAAAGGGCUCUCUUUUGGCAACCCUCAAAGAAGUUCGUCCAACAGGGUUUAUGGGUGUACCUAGAGUGUGGGAAAAGAUGAUGGAUAAAUUGUUAGAAAUUGGUCGAAAUAAUAAAGGUUUAAAACUGAAAAUUGCUACAUGGGCAAAGAGUAUAGGUCUGAAGGGUAAUAAGAAUAAAAUGAACAAUGUACCAUUUGGUUGGACCUUGGCUAAUUCCCUGGCUUUUAAAAGAGUUAAAGAAGGUUUAGGAUUUGACCAUUGUAAGAUAAUGUUUUCUGGAGCUGCACCUAUUACUAAAGAAACUCUAGAAUACUUUAUGAGUUUAGAUAUUAUGGUAGAUGAAGUAUAUGGAAUGAGUGAAAGUUCAGGACCUCAUUCAUUCAGUAGACCAGGUUGUCGUAGAUUUGGUAGUGUAGGUUCAGUAUCACCGGGUGUUUUUACUAGAAUAGAUAAUCCAGAUGAAGAGGGAAAUGGAGAGAUAUUAAUGUAUGGUCGUCAUGUAUUUAUGGGAUAUUUACAACAAGAAGAGAAAACUAAAGAAGUAAUGACAGAUGAAGGUUGGUUACGUACUGGCGAUAUAGGCAGAGUUGAUAAAGAUGGUUUCCUCUUUAUAACUGGCAGAAUAAAAGAAAUAAUAAUUACUGCUGGUGGUGAGAAUAUAGCUCCAGUACCAGUAGAAGACAAUGUAAAAGAAUGUUUACCAUGUAUUAGUAAUUGUAUGUUAAUUGGUGAUAAAUGUAAAUUUUUAUCCAUGUUCCUUACUGUCAAGUGCCAGAUAGAUCCAGAAACUCAAGAAUCUUUAGAACCUUUAGAUAAACAGGCUAUAGAAUGGUGUGAGAGUAUAGGUAGUUCAGCUAAAACUGUCAGUGAAUUCCGAGAAGAUGAAAUUGUAAAGAAAGCUAUACAAGAGGGUAUUACUGCAGCUAAUAAAAAAGCUGUCAGCAGGGCAGCCACCAUACAAAAGUGGAAAAUUUUACCUCAAGAUUUUACAGUGUUUAGUGGGGAACUAGGUCCAACAUUAAAACUAAGAAGACCAAUAGUAGUGAAGAUGUAUUCCAAAGAAAUAGAAGAGUUUUACGCAGAGUAA